AAGGACGUGUGAUACUGUGAUAAAGUGUAAAUACGACAAAUACAACAAAAUACUAAUACUAAAAUAUUAUAAUUUAUUGUCCAUUUAGCGUAAUUUAUUUGCUAGUCGUGUAAAACCCCGGCUACUAUAAAUCUCGCCUGCCAAAAGUCCAAGUUCACGAUGUACGGUUAUCGGAAUUAGUGUGUUCGAUGGAAUUCAAAGGUGCGCGUUUCAUCGGGAUUUGUGCCGACGGAAUUGGUCAUGAACGACGAACAAGUUGGCUUUAACUUGGAUGAUCUUAGAAAGCUUUGCAAGUCGUACAUUGACUACACGCGUACAUACAUGGAUCGCAAACAGAUCAGGCGAAUCAACAAGCAGCGUUCCACAUUGGACAAUUUCGUGUUCCAGUUCUCAUCGGAAGUAGUGGACUUUAGCUCUCAGUAUGGCAGCGACAUUAGCAUAUCUUACACGGCCAGCAAUGUCACCGGCAGACCGAGCAAGUUUCCAAACUAUGGAGACUUUCCACAGUCUUAUGUUAUGAGGAGUUAUGGACCAUGGAGAGAACUUGCACCAUCACGAAAAUGUCCAAUUAUGCCACAAAAUGCAGGAAGAAUAAGAAGCGAAGAUUAUAUAAUAUUAUCAUUUGAAACACCAGUCAUUCCUUUGGUAAUUUCCAUAUUUGAAACGUUUACUCCUGGGUCUGUAGUACGAAUAUCAGGCAAAGUUGUUGACCUUCCUGAAACGAUGGCAUGGAGAUUAUUAUGGGAAGGAUUGCCUCAGAACUGUAAUGGCUUGAGACAUUCUCGAUUAUUUGCUCCAAAAUUAAAUUACAUAAAGGAACUGGUCAAAGAAAUAUGUAUAGAGUUUAAUCAUUCCCAAUUGGAUUACUACACCGAAUUAGAUGCUGUAUCUAUGGGUGGUAUUUUGAAGUAUCCAGAAAGUGGAGAACUAGACAUUAUUUCUAUACCUAUGGUUACUCAUACAUCCUUAGGAUAUGUUUAUGAUAAUAACGAAGAACAGAACCAGGAAAUAUUGUCAGAUAUUAGAGUGCCAUCAAUGGCUUCAAAUUUAACUAUGUCGACUAGUCUAGAUCCAUUUUUGAAACUUAUCAAGAACAUUGAAGAACUUGAAAACGAGUGGCGUAAAGUACCCAACAUUGAUUACACAUUGCGAUUGCCGAAUGAAUCAUUGAUGCAAAUAUUUUCAUAUUUGGAUUUAAAAUCAUUGCGACUUUGUAUGAGGGUGUGCAAGCGCUUCUAUAACAUUUGUACCGAUGGAUAUUUCUAUAGAGAAUUAAAUUUAAAACCCUAUUGGUGUUCAUUUUCCUAUUCAAUGCUCAUUUCAUUAGAGCCAUACUGUAACCAAAUGACAAAGUUGGAUUUAUCUUGGUGUGGUAUUACAAAAGGGAUACUCAGCACAGCAUUUAACUUAUUUAUAAAGAAAUGUGGUACUAAUUUAACUCAUUUACGACUAGACUGUUGUGGAUUUGUCAACGAUACCACAUUAAUCGCAAUAAAUUUAUUUUGCAAAUGUAUAAAAGAAUUGAGUUUGAGAAGUUGCACUUCAAUCGAUUUUGAGCUGAUAUGUCCACCACAGAGUUUCCCAAAAAUGGAACGUAUAGAUUUUUAUAGAACAAAUAUUACCACAGAGUGUUUAAUUUUUUAUAUAACGUGUAUGCCCAAGUUGAAGCACAUCAAUUUAGGUUCGUGUAAACGAAUUGAUUGUAUGGACCAUGUUGCGCAUGCUUUGUCAGUAUCAAACAAGCAACUAGUGUCUGUUGACUUUUGGAAAAGUUAUACACUGUCUCCUACUGGAUUACGUUUUUUAACUGCUCUUAAACAACUCGAAGAAAUUGAUCUCGGAUGGUGUUUAGCUUUGAGUAUUCCAGGUGAUAGUCUCUUGGACUUGGUCAAAUCUUGUCCAAGAUUGAAAAAAAUCAUUGUUGUGUCAUUACGUGGUGUUUGCGACCGCGAUCUACUAGCGUUUGCUGAUUAUUGUCCAUUGCUGGAACAAAUCGAUUUGGUUGGCCUCAGAGCAAUUACAGUUGACGCUUGCUCCAAGUUCCUACAGAAAUGUAAAAACCUUAAGUUAAUGGAUGUAAAUUUUUGUGAGAACAUCAAAGAAGGAGAUGUACAAGUUUGGCGAUCAAAAUAUCCCAAUGUAUGCAUUCAAUUUACUACUUCUGACCAUUCAAAUGUAUAUCAUUACUAGAUUAUUACAAAAAUUGUUCGACUCCAAGACGGCAUGACCGGAACGCGGGCACGUUGUGUUCGCUCUGUUGCAAUUGAUGACGUCGAUGUCUGCCCACUGGUUGACUUGCAGCCCUUCGUUGGCGUACUUGAACCACGAAAAGACGCUCAGCCAUCGGAAAUAAUACGGAAUUGAUCUUGAAAACAAAUAAUUUUAAUAUAUUAUUAUACUUAGCGAUAACUAUUAUUACUUAUUUAUAUACCUAUAUAUAUAU